AUGUCAAAAUAUAAAUGGAAGGACUUGAUAUUGUUAACUUCAAAGACUGAUGCAUAUUCCUCUCCUCUGGCAUGUUUGGCACAUAUAGACGUCAAUGCAUUCUUUGCGCAAGCAGAACAAAUACGUUGUGGCUAUACUAAAGAUGAUCCAGUUGUUUGUGUUCAAUGGUCAUCAAUUAUCGCAGUAUCAUAUGCAGCAAGAAAAUAUAAUAUUAAAAGAAUGGAAAACAUAAUGGAAGCCCUUAAAAAAUCAGACAACAAAAUUAUCCCGAUUCAUACAGCAGUCUACAAGAAAGGUGAAGACUUCUGGCAAUACCAUGAUGGUUAUGGGAAAUGGAAUAAGGACCCUGACAAACAAUUAUCCCCAGAAAAAUAUAAAGUCUCUCUAAAUCCUUAUCGCAGGGAAGGGAGAAAGAUAUUCAAGUUAAUGAAAGAAUGGUGUGACUUAGUCGAGAUCGCAAGUUCGGAUGAAGGAUUUCUUGACUUAAGUAGAUUAGUUUUACAGAAACUUCUUUUCGAUGAAGAUAUCACAAAUUUCAAUGACGAUACAACUCAAAGCCGUACAAUACAAGAUAUGUUUGUAAACGGUGAUUAUAAUUUAGAAGACAACCUACCCCCUGUACCUAAAUACCUGAAAAAGUUGAAAUACGAAGGUAUAUUAUAUGCUGGAGAUGAAGGUGAUAAUAUAGAGGACUGGGAUGAUUUGUUUUUGUGCCUAGGUUCCAUAAUUAUGAGUGAAUUAAGAAAUGAAAUUGAAACAACUCUAGGUUACACAACUUCCUGUGGAAUUGCAAGAACAAAAACUGUAUGCAAACUUGCUUCCAAUUUUAAGAAACCUAAUGCACAAAUUAUAAUUAGAAAUAGUAAACUUGAACUAUUUCUUGAUAACGAAAAUUAUGAAAUUACCAGCUUCUGGACCUUAGGAGGAAAUUCUGGAAAAGACAUUGUGAAAGUUCUACAACUACCCAGUAAAGGAAGUUUGAAGUAUAUAAGGGAGUCUUGGCCUACAUCAUCUAAUGACCUUAAGACAUAUAUCGAUGUCAAAAUUAAAGAAACCAUUGAAAAUGGUGAACCAACGGAUAUUGAUACAACGAAAACAGCAAUAUUGGCAUCGAAGCUUUUCGAUCUUUGUAGAGGGAUUUGGUUGACACCAAUUAACACACGACCACUAGUUAAAAGCAUGAUGUCUAAUAAGAAUCUGAGAGGUAACUCAUGCAAUAGCAUUGUUGAUUGUAUCCAAUGGUUUGAUAUAUUUUCUAGUGAACUGUUCGGUAGAGUUGAAGAGUUAAGUGAAGAAUAUAAUAAAAUAUUUAUACCGAAAACAGUAUCGAUAUCUUUUAUCACUAACAAAUCAAAAAAUAUGACCAAAUCGACUGCGUUGCAAUGUAGAGGGACAAAAAUUCAAGCAACAGAUAUAUCUAUCGCAACAUCUAAACUGAUAAAUGCAGUUUAUUCUCAAUUCGACCCCAAUGACAGUACUAGCUUUUUUCCUUUGAAGCAGCUUAGUACAUCUAUAUCAAAUUUUGAAAUCAUUGAUAAUAAGAAGACUGUAAUCGAUAUGUUUGGUAAGCAAAUACAAAAAUCCACCAUCAUAGAAUCCAGUUCAAAAGUUAUUGAAACAAAUAGUGACGGAAAUAACCAAGCAGAUGAAAACACUAAAAGUCAUGAAACUUUUGAAUGCGACAUAUGUAAAAUUUCCUUUAAUGAGCGUAAAGAUUUUGUUGAACAUAAGGAUUUCCAUAUUGCUGAAAGACUUUCGGAAAGUAUUAAUGGCAGGAGUGAGGAUUCAUUAUAUUUAUCAGUGGGGGAACGACGUCUUCUGUCGUCAUCCAAAAAUAAAGUAAUUAAAAAAGAAGUUAAAAAGCCAAAGAAGAUAGAUAAUAAAAUAUCAGGUUCACAAAAUAUACUCAAUUUCUUUAAAAAGUGA